AUGACGACGACCAUGGCAACGUCGAGCAGAACUCGGCUAUUCAGCGACGCCGAGACAGGUAUACAAGAUCGGGAUAUGAUGAGCGCUGGUGCAAUGUGUGCUGCAGGUAUCGUCGCUUUGGAUGCUGCUGUUGCGGUUUUCACAAAGACCCGAGAGACGUCGACGAACACGCGAGCGGCGGCUCUGAGCGCGCGCGGUGCCGAAACCGUGUCCAUAAGACCGGAAACGGGGGCGCGGCCCCAGUCCAGGGGUACCCAGUGCUUCGGCGCGAGUCUCCUCUCGGCGGCCAAACAACCGAGCCCGGCCGUCUCGACAAAGUCGACCCAGUCGGAGCCCCAAAAGCCCGUGGUCCUCUGGACCAAGUCGACGCAGUGCGCCCCGGAGACGAAGCCCAAGCUCGUGGCCAAGGGAACCCAGUCCGUCGCCGAAGUCGUGCCUGUCACCCCUACGAGCGCCAAGGCUGUACAGUGCAGUGUCAAGACCAGGGACAGGGGCACGAGGAUCGACGACGACGGGACUAUUAGGGAGCCCCUGUCUGCCGUCGUUUGCCGGAACAAGGAGGUCCAGACUUCGUACAGCCAACUUUGGUCGCCAAAGUUGCGGCUGAGCAAGUCCGUGAGCGCGCAACCGAGCACGGCGCACGCGAGCACCGAGACGACGGACGAGUCGUUGAGUCUGCGUGUCCUGCGCCACCAGGAGCUCGCGCCACCCAAGAGGUCGAUCGCCGUGGGUGUGAGCCCGCGGGAGUUGUCGAGCAGCGUGAGCCGCGCCACCGAGACGCCUCCUGCCCCGGUACACAGGGAUUUCGGCACUUCGCCGCGGCGCAAGGUCCUCGUCGACGUGUCGGUCGGGCCGUCCCUGCCCGGGGUCUUCUCCCCCUCGAGUACCAACUACUGCGACGAGUGCAAGCAGAUCGGCAGGAAUUUGACCGACAAGAGCGGCGCCAAGACCGCGAGGUCCAUACCCACGAGGAUACCGGUCAUGAGCGCCGAGGCCAAGGCCGAGAUGAGGAGGGCCAAGCUCGUCAGGCAGGACACCUGGACGGGCAGCUUGGACCAACUGGGCGACGAGUCACAGAGCCUGGACAAGCAUGCCGAUCGCGCGCUCUCUGCUCUGCAAUCGUCCGACAACAAGCAACCGGACAACGACGGCGCGGACCAUCAGCCACAGCAGCAGCAAGAGUCGAACGACAGCGUGGCGACGAAGAAACAAGCACCGGCCGAGGUCAGUAACGGCGCCCAAGACGAGGAUGAGCUGGUCAGGAGUAUGGUCCUCGAGGCGCCCAAGACGCCAGGCCCACGACCGCCCAUGGAGUUGUCACGUGAAAUGAAGGCCGCCCUCAAAGUCCUCGACGACAACCUCAGAAAAGUGAGUAACGGCAGUACUCUGGCUAGUCGAGUGAAGAACGCGAGCAACAUUGUCCAGCACGAGUGGUUCAAGGUGUCGUCGACCGCCCUCGCGGAUCCUCACAGCGUCGAGUUCUACCUCGAUCAGUUCGAGCAGCACUCGGGCGACCUUUUGCACCACGUGGUCAAUUUGAUGGACUCGAGCGGCAACACGGCCAUGCACUACGCUGUGUCGCACGCCAACUUUGACGUUGUGUCGAUACUACUCGACUCGAAGGUCUGCGACGUCAACAAGUCGAACAACGCCGGGUACACGCCGGUCAUGCUCGCCGCGCUGGCUCAGGUGCGCAACUCCACCAACGCCUCGGUCAUCAAGAGGCUCUUCCAGAUGGCGGACGUCAACGUACGCGCGAGACUGCACGGUCAGACGGCCCUGAUGCUCGCAGUGUCCCACGGCCGUAUAGACAUGACGCGGCUCCUUCUGGACGCGGGCGCGGCGAUAAACCUCCAAGACGAGGACGGCAGCACGGCACUGAUGUGCGCGGCGGAGCACGGCCACGGCGACAUAGUUCGGCUCCUCCUCGGCCAGCCGGACUGCGACUCGAGCAUCGUCGACGUGGACGGCAGUUCGGCGCUCAAGAUCGCCCUCGAGGCCGGCCACGCGGAGAUCGGCGUUCUACUGUACGCUCGCCAGCGCGCCAACCGAGCCAGUCCGAUGCCCGGCCAGGGUUCCGCUGCUUCCACCCCGCCGCUCUUACCCGGCAGACCCAGCGCUGCCAGGCGACAGAGGACCACCUCCUCCUCGUCCAGUGGCCACCAUCACCUGCACCAUCAUUCGCAGCACCAUCACGCGGUCACGGCCGUUGCUGCCGGACAUGCCUACUCUGCCCUGUCCAUGUCCGCCCCGGCCAGUCCUGUGGCCACCGCCUCGAGGAAGUUUCACUCGUCCAGUCUGUCGCUGGUGGACUCGACCAAGUUCUCGCUCUGACGAUUGUUUUCCGGAUGAAGCUGGGCCCAGCUAGUCUGACUGCACUCGUUGUUGUUGUUUGUUUUUAUUCCCCUGUACAUUCUCGUGAAAGACGACGAGUCGACUGAUUGUGUGUACUCAUCCACGUACCUUGUUCUCUCUGCUUGUCUUGUGGCGAUUUUUCAUCACGGUGCUCCUGUUUUUUAUGAUAAUGUCAUAAAAUUGUACAUGAUCACAUAUAGUACGAGAACAAAUAAGAAAGACGUUUGAAAUCCUUUUUUUUUCUUUUUUUUUUAUUACAUAGAUAAUUAACAGUGGCAAGGAUGUCAAGUGUCAAAAGAGAAAAAUUACUUGUUGGAACGUCGGGAGUUGAAUCGUUAUUGCUGAUGUAAGAGUUCUGUUGUUAAGUGAACGUGUUCGUUUAACUACGUUGUUUAGAAUUCAGUCUUGUUUAUUGAUACGCCUAAUAAACGUCAUUUGGCGUUGAUUUUUCUUUGUACUUCACAGGCAGUGCUGUUUUUUUUUUUUAAAAACAGUUUUUCGUCACUGCAGUAACGUUGUACUUUUCGAGAUUUGGAACGGCGAAAAAAAAAGUUGUACUCUAUUACAGGGAAAAAUGUUUUAAAUAUAUAUGCGGCGAUAGAAUAUCGUUUUUUUUUUAAAUUCUUUACAAUAAAAGGUGUGAAAUCUAACGGGCCUACUGCCACUAUUAUGUUUUUCUGUAGGUUGAAUGUCUGAAUAAUUGAUCAUGUGAUUGAAAAAUUGGGGUUUUUCGUUACAUUUACUUUGUAUCGAGUUGUGAAGGUGUUGAGUAUCAUUAAGUAGACACGUGAUUAUUGUCAAUUAAUUCAUCCGAGUAAGUAUAAUUCAUGUGUGUAAUGAAAAAUCGUACCUGGUAGUGAGAGGAAAAUGUUUCAUCAGUAUUUAAGAAAUAAAAAAAUGUUGUUUCGAGUACUUGUUAUAAGUAAAACUACAUGAAUUGACUAAUAAUAAGGGGAACAAAAAAAGAUAUAUACGUAUAUGAAUAUGUACACGUUUAUGUGUUUAACUGGUCGAUUAUAAUGACACUUAGCCUACGUGUUUUUGUACACUUCGGUAACGCUCCAUUCCUUGAACAAACAAACAAAAAAAGUUAACCUUGUGCAAUCAAUCAACGUCGAAGUGGUUGAAAACAAAAUGAAUCCGCAGCCUGCGCAUACUCACUUGUAAUGAAGACUUUGAAAUACGUAUAUUGUAUAAGAUUGUUAAUAAAAUAACUAUAUUAGAUGUCUAAUAACAUAAUUAACGAUGGGUGGAAUCGUGCAUUCUGCCCUGCGCUCGAGACUUGAGUAAACAAAUAACGAUUAUUGUAUUUUUUAUCUAAGUUUACAAAUAUUGCAAAAAAAAAAAUUAAAAAAAAAUAAUAAUAAUAAUAAAAAAGGGGCACUCCCACGUAUUGGUCGUGCUUCAAAUCAAUAAAAAAUAAAACUGAAUUCCGAUGAAGUUUUUUAGACUGUUUUAAUCUAUCAUUUCGAUGAAUAUAUAUGUAUACAAACAUUAUUUAUGUACAUGUAAAUUAAUAUGGUGCAUAUUGUGAUAUGCCAAUAUCAUGCAUUUAUACACAUAGUAAAAAAAAUAGAAAAUAUGGAGAUCAAACUAAUUUUUCUCGACCUUUGUUUAUUACAUUAUUAACCCAACUAACCUUUUAACAAGUAUACACCGCAGUU